GACGCGAGCCAAUCGGCGACCAGCUGCGCUCCUGGGAUACGCAUGUUCAUGGAAUCACUUUCAUCACAUUUCAUCCUUGUUGUGUGAUGUCUGCGUGGUACUUUUUCUCUUUGGGACUUGGGAAACGAAUAUCCAAAGGCCUAAAGUGAAGUGGUCCCAGUGAUAUCGUUUGCCGUCGUGACUCGUCGUCUUUCCUAACCUAAAAAUGUGUUAUUGUACAUUUUAUUACAGAGAUUGAUAAAUUUAUACUCCGCUGUGUGUCAUAUCUUAAUUCAACAUGAGUGAUGAGGAAGAAUCCCUACUUACAGAAGAUAAAGAUCGUGAACAAAUACGAGAGGAAUUAAAACAUAUGAGUUUUGCGGAUUUGCAAAAAUUAAAAGAGAAAUUAGGAACCAAGGUAUACAAUGAGGCGAUAUUUGGAAAGAAGAUUAAAAAGAAAAUAGAGAAAAUAGAUUUUAAACGGGGGAAUAAGAACAGGCCACGAGAGAUGUCCUCCAAGAAACCAGUUCCCACAUCAUGUGUAGAGUUGACUCAAGUAAAAAAAGUCGUAUCCCGAGACCCACGAUUUGAUAGUUUAUGUGGUACAUUUAAUGAAAAAGCUUUCAAGAAUUCUUAUGCAUUUAUUAACAAAUUGAAGGAAAAUGAUCUUCAAACUUUGCAAAAAGAAUUAAAACAAACUACAGAUCUAAAAGCUAUAAAGAAGAUAAAAUAUCUCAUUCAAAGACUUGAAAAUCAAUUAAGGGAAGAGAAGAGAAAGAAGGAGAAAGAAGAGAAGAAACAGCAGGAAAAGAAGGAGCUGCUGGAUUCUAUUAAACAAGGAGAGAAGCCUGUGUUCAAAAAAAAGUCUGAAAAGAAAGUCUUGGAUUUAGUUUCACAAUAUGAAGAAUUGAAAAAUACUGGUAAACUGAAGAAACACAUUCAGAGACUGCGGAAGAAGAAUAAACACAAGGAUAGGACAAAAUUAGGAGUAGACAGAAUAAAGUGAAUGUAUAUAUGUUUAUUCACACACAAAAAGAAUUAAAUGUUAUAAUUGCGAGUAAAUUUGUGAAUUAACAGAUUAUUGGCGAAGACUAUUAAAAACAGACAACUAUCCUUAUGGAUAAAUUUUUAUAAUUAAC